AUGGGCAAACUAGAGGUCACUGUUUGUGCUGCGCGCAACCUGCACAACAUGCAGCACUUCGGUGUUCCCGACCCCUUCUGUCGGCUCAUUAGCGGUGACAAGCAGUACAAAACCAAGGUCGUCAAGGACAGCCUCUCGCCGGAGUGGAACGAAACCUUUCGCUUCCAGGUUGCUGACGAGAUGGGAUCUCAGAUCCGCUUUGAGAUUUGGAAUAAAUGCACGUACGAUGACGACCUCAUGGGCAUCUACACACUUUCCGUCGGCGGCCUCACCAGAGGCAUUGUACGUGACGAAUGGUACGUGCUGGACAAGUCAAAGACGCAGGCGGACAUCCACAUCCGCAUCCUCGCCCUCGACUUUGGCUUUUCUGUGAAGGCAGAUGAGCAGUGGAUGGUCACAACCGACAUCAACCGCGACCCCGUGAAGCGCGCGAUCGAGGAUGGUACCUGGCGUCCAGGUAAGAAAACCCCUCCGCCCCCGUCCGGACCUCCUCAGCAGCAACAACAGCAGUACGUGCAGAGCCCGCAGGUUCAGCAGCCGCAGCAACAACCGAUACAGUACGCACAAGCGCCUCCUCCGUCGCAGCAAGCCCAAUACGCCAGUCAACCUCCCCUGUCACAACAGCAGCCACAGGUCGUCUAUGUGCAAGCUCCUCUGGUCCAACAACCGCAACAGCAGCUGCAGUCACAGUACGUUCAAGCCGCCUACCCCCAGCCACAAAUGCAGCAGCCACAGUACGUUCAGACCACCUACCCACAGCAACCGUACGCACCUCCGCAGGUGCCAUAUCAAGUGCAGUACCCGCAAGCGCCUCUGCCUCCACAGCAAUGCGCUCAACCGUUUUUUCCCCAACAACAGCCGCAAGGUUACUACGCCCCGGCACCUGGCUAUCGUUACUGA